AUGGAUGAAGUUACUAGCACAAAAAUUUCAUCUCAAGAAGUGCCAAAUGUUGAAUGUCCUCUUUGGCAAUAUGUGACUAAAGUAGAAAAACCACUUGGUGCUACUGUUAAAAAAGGUGGAAACACAUACUUUAAGUGCAACUAUUGUGGUGUAGUUUAUUUGGGAUCCUAUUCUAGGGCUAAGGCUCAUUUAUUAAAAAUUCUUAAUAAAGGUUGUGGGCCUAUAUCUAUUUCCCCAUUUCGAAGACAGGAAGGGAGUGAUAGUACAAAUCCGAUUGAUGGUAAGAGGAGGAAGGUAAUUGGGAUUUCUCCUAUUGAGAAAGCAUUCCAGAAUAAUGCUAGACAUGAAUUGGAUAGUAGAAUUGCUAAGAUGUUUUGCAUCGGUGGGCUUCCAUUUAACUUUGCAAGGAACCCAUAUUAUUGUAAUUCCUAUGCAUAUGUUGCUACCCAUAGCAUCCCAGGUUAUGUUCCUCCUAGAUACAAUGCCUUAAGAACAACACUUUUGCAAAAAGAAAGAGCUCAUAUUGAAAGACUCUUGAAACCAAUUAAGGACUUUUGGCUUGAAAAUGGUGUAAGCAUAGUUUCUGAUGGAUGGUCAGAUCCACAAAGGAGGCCUCUUAUUAAUAUUAUGGUUGUAUCAGAUGGGGUUCUAGUGUUUAUAAUGGCAAUUGAUGGGUUAGGUGAGUUCAAAGACAAACAUUAUAUUUCUGGGGUGUUGAAGGAUGCUAUAAAAGAGAUUGGACAUGAAAAAUUUGUUCAAGUUAUCAUUGAUAAUGCUAAUGUGAUGAAGUUUGAUAGAACUCUUAUUGAAGGUGAGUAUCCUAAAAUAUUUUAG